CUUUCCUUGGCUGGGAAUCAGUCAUGUAAGCAGGCUGUGUUUUUACAUCCCUCUCGGCUCCAUGUAUUUGCACGGAUGCAUGCAGAGAAGAUGCUAAUUGCAGAAAAAGACAUGCCCGAAUUGGAAAAGGGGGCAGAACAUGUCAUAUCAAUGGGAAAAUAAACGCUCUCUUCUCACAAGUAACCUGGCAACACAGAAUCAGCAAUUCAGUACAGUUCUCUUUUUUUCUGCAUCUUUCCACCUCUAGCUGCUGCAGGCAAACCACAUAGCAAGGUGCCCAGUCUGGAUCCGUCAGCUGUGACAAAUGCAUUGCUUUUAGCAUCCGUCACACAAUCCUGGGGCCGUAAAUUAGCCUUAAAAGUUCAUCAGUCGGUUCCAUUUCCAUUAAUUACACUGGGAUGUCCUUUGCCUUGCUUUCAUGCUGGAUUAUAUUUGGGUGGUUUGGACUGGUUUCAGCCGUGUCUCUCUUGCAUACUGUGUGACAACUAGAAUCCUAUUAAGGACAUGAGAAGAUUUAUCUAUUGCAAAGUGGUUCUGGCCACUUCUCUGGUGUGGGUGCUUCUGGAUGUCUUUUUACUUCUAUACUUCAGCGAAUGUAAUAAAUGUGAUGACAGAAAAGACAGAUCACUGUUACCUGCACUAAGGGCUGUUAUUUCAAGAAACCAAGAAGGCCCGGGAGAGUUGGGGAAAGCCGUACUUAUCCCAAAAGAUGAUCAGGAAAAAAUGAAAGAAUUAUUCAAAAUCAACCAAUUUAAUCUAAUGGCCAGCGAUCUAAUUGCUUUAAACCGAAGCUUGCCAGAUGUGAGAUUAGAAGGAUGUAAAACAAAAGUUUACCCAGAUGAACUUCCCAACACAAGCAUAGUCAUUGUAUUUCACAACGAAGCUUGGAGUACUCUGUUAAGGACUGUGCACAGUGUUAUCAACCGUUCCCCACACCACCUCAUAUCGGAAAUCAUUCUGGUUGAUGAUGCAAGUGAAAGAGAUUUCCUGAGAACACCAUUAGAAAACUAUGUUAAACAUUUGGAAGUACCUGUGAAAAUUUUACGAAUGGAACAGAGAUCGGGGCUCAUUCGUGCACGUCUCAGGGGAGCAAAAGUGUCAAAAGGCCAGGUGAUAACUUUUCUUGAUGCUCAUUGUGAAUGUACAAUUGGAUGGUUGGAGCCUCUCCUGGCACGGAUACAUGAAGAUAGAAAAACUGUUGUUUGUCCCAUAAUUGAUGUCAUAAGCGAUGACACAUUUGAAUACAUGGCUGGGUCAGACAUGACAUAUGGUGGAUUUAAUUGGAAACUGAAUUUUCGAUGGUACCCUGUUCCACAGAGAGAGAUGGACAGACGAAAAGGAGAUAGAACCUUACCUGUAAGGACACCUACAAUGGCUGGAGGACUUUUUUCAAUUGAUAAGAAUUACUUUGAGGAACUUGGAACCUACGAUUCAGGAAUGGAUAUAUGGGGAGGAGAAAAUCUUGAAAUGUCUUUCAGGAUUUGGCAAUGCGGUGGAUCACUUGAAAUUGUAACCUGUUCCCAUGUUGGCCAUGUUUUUCGAAAAGCAACACCUUACACCUUUCCGGGUGGCACAGGUCAUGUUAUCAACAAAAACAAUAGAAGACUAGCCGAAGUGUGGAUGGACGACUUCAAGGACUUCUUCUAUAUCAUAUCUCCAGGCGUUGUCAAGGUGGAUUAUGGUGAUGUAUCCGAAAGAAAAUCGCUCCGAGAAAAACUAAAGUGUAAACCAUUUUCUUGGUACCUAGAAAAUAUAUAUCCAGACUCGCAGAUUCCACGCCGCUAUUUUUCACUUGGUGAGAUAAGAAAUGUGGAAAACAACCAAUGCCUAGAUAAUAUGGGUCGAAAAGAAAAUGAGAAAGUUGGCAUAUUUAACUGUCACGGAAUGGGAGGAAACCAGGUUUUUUCAUACACUGCAGACAAAGAAAUCCGUACAGAUGAUUUAUGCCUGGACGUAUCCAGACUGAAUGGGCCAGUUAUCAUGCUUAAGUGCCAUCACAUGAGAGGCAAUCAGCUCUGGGAGUAUGACGCAGAGCAUUUCGUAUUAAGACACAUAAACAGCAACCAGUGCCUGGAUGAACCAACCGAGGAAGAUAAAAUGGUUCCUACUAUGAAAGAAUGUAAUGGAAGUCGAUCCCAGCAAUGGCUACUGCGCAACAUGACCUUGGGUGCCUAAUCGUGGAAUGCAGUUAACAAGAAGCCCUCGAUAUUUUGCAAUGUCAGCGGACCUCAAUUUAGAGUUAUUCAAACACUUGAAGGAAUAUAUCACUUCCAUCAUUCUCACUGACGUAUUCUAAUUGAGAACCUCUCUAAACCCAGCUGUGAAGACAUUUAUAGAGCUUUUUCUAAUUUUUCUUUACUUAACAGUACAUGUCUGCACAUGUUUAACUGAAAAUGGUGUCUGUUGGAAGGAAAAAGCACAUCAGUAGCUGUAUAUAGCGUUACAUACCAGAAAAAGAAUGCCUGGCAGUAUUAUAAAUAUUUGUCAAAGAUAGUAAUAAAUUAAAGAAUAGGAUAUGUUAUAUUAAACAUAAUGCAAUGUAUUACUUAUAACAAUUAUUUUAUUAAAAAAAAAACAUACAA